GUGCUGGAAAUAAAAAGAGCAGAGUUUAAUACCAGAACACUGACUCAUCAACGCUCGGGCAAAGGAGUAAGCAGCAAGCCCCGAGACUAAUAGAGUGAGGGGAGGGAGGGUUAGUGAGGAGAGGAGGGGGAGGCGGCGCAAAGUCGAAAAAAAUAAUUAGUCACUGCGGGGAAAAAAAAGCGAUCAGACUCGCUAAACGGGACCGAGAAGUGUGUGGAAACAAAAAAAAAUUGUGAUUUUAUUUCUCUGUAAGAUAUUAUUAAAGUUUCAACCUAGAAAGAGAAGGAGGGCUGAUGUGGAAGGCGAAUCCAGGAAGUUUUAUGGAUUUUUUUUUCUGUUGCAGAGAGGAAGACUUGUUUUAAAGCGUGGUUCAUGACAGAAGCGUGGAAUUAACUGAGGAAGAAGUUUAUUUUAUUUUCUUUUAAAACGGACUUGCAGAUUUUAUUUAGUUUUGCUUUUGGAAUUAUUCUAAGAGGUUUGUUUGAAAUAUUGACUGUACUUACCUGGGAGAGACUGACGGUCGGUUCCAGCUUUAAGAAGAAGUGGGAGAGGAAAAAAAACCCCGUCUUCCUGUGUUCCCGGGGAGGGGGUGGUGUUGGUGGUGGGGGGGGACCAUGUACCAGGAGUAUCCAGUGAACUACGACUCAUCGUCCCGCAGCAGCUUGUCUCCAGCUCAUCAGGACAGUGUGUUCAGCAGCUCCGCGAGCAAUUUCAACAGCGCUUCACAGAAAUACCGAUCCGAUAUGCCAGGAUCCAGCAGUGCCUUUGUCCCAACAAUCACAGCCAUUACCACCAGCCAGGACUUGCAGUGGAUGGUACAGCCCACGGUUAUAACCUCAAUGUCUAGCCCAUACUCCCGGACACACCCUUACAGUCUGCCAGCCGCCAGCAUCUCGUCACCUUCCUCCACCACUUUACACCGACCUGGGGUGAUCAAAACCAUUGGAGCUACAGGGCGAAGGAAAAGAGAUGAACAGAUUUUCCACUGCCGCCUGCCACUGCCGUUUCUCCAUCCGACGCAGCAGCAUGACCUGGGCCGUGGGCUUCUCAACGGCCACCGUCAGAGCUGCUCCGCAAGUGACCACGAGCUGCCAUGUUACUGCAGGGUAGGUCUGUUCCCGCCAUCUCCCCUUGGCCAGCAGCUGGGACUGCUCAGUCUUGGUAGGGGAGCCCAGUAAGCGUCUCUGGUUAGC